UGUGGCGAAGGGGGCAUCGAAGUUAAAAGAGGAAAGCAACAGAAGCAGACAGCAGACAGAGGAAAAAAAAAAGGAAAGAAGAGCCGCAGCACCAAAAAAAACAAAAGCAAAUAAGGUCAGGCCCCAACCACCACCAUCUCUCCACGUCUCCCUCCAUCCCUCCCAAAUUCUUUGCCUUGCAAAGAAGUCUCUCAAAGCCAGGAGCGUCAUCUCAUCAUCUGAUCUCUCCCCAUAUCCUCUCACAAUUCCCAACACUGAGAAAGUACCAUGGAUCCAAGGCACGUCUGUCCUCUCUCAUCUCAUUAUAAUGAUUUAUCCCAGAAACUCACUGAGAUGCUCUGCUAGCACCUGAACACUCAGUCUCAGAGACUGAGUGAGGUAGCUAGCAUCUUUCUCCGUUUCUCCCUCUGCCAUUGCUGCGUCUGCCAGAGCUCGUGUGGGAGGCAAUGGCCUCUUCACCACUUGCAAUCUCGGGGGCACAGCCUACCUGGGUCCCCUAUGAGGCAAUCAAAGAUUGCUCUCAGGGCCUGUGCAGCAUGUACUGCCCCCAGUGGUGCUACUUCAUCUUCCCUCCGCCACCGCCGUUCGACGUCGGCGGACCCAGCCCCGACGACUCCGGCCCCGUCUUCUCCCCGCUUGUGAUCGCUAUCAUCGGUGUGCUGGCCAUCGCCUUCCUCCUCGUCAGCUAUUACACCUUCAUCUCCAGGUACUGCCGCACCUUCGGUUCCUUCCGGGGGAUAGUCUUUGGCUCCAGCUCAGGUGGCGCUGCCCGUGGCAACGGUGGUAGCGGCGGCGGCGGCGGUGGAGGCUCCGGCCAUGGACAGUCCAGGAGUCAAGAGUCCUGGAACGUCUCGCCGUCGACCGGUCUGGAUGAGGCCCUGAUCAGCAAGAUCACCUUGUGCAAGUACAAGCGUGGCGACGCCUUGGUCCACACCACGGACUGCUCGGUCUGCCUCGGCGAGUUCAGGGACGGGGAGAGCCUCCGGCUGCUGCCCAAGUGCAGCCACGCCUUCCACCAGCAAUGCAUCGACAAGUGGCUCAAGUCCCACUCCAACUGCCCUCUCUGCCGCUCCAACAUCACGUUCAUCACCGUGGGGAUGGGGAUGGGGAUGGGUAUGGCGACGCCGGAGCCAGAUGGCCGUGGUCCAGGCGAGGGUGUUGGGAGGGACAACCAUGCAGCAGAGGUGGUUGUGGUGAUGGAUGACUUGGAAAUCAUGUGCGAGGAGCAGCACAGCGUGGCGGGCAGCAGCGACGGCGAUGAUCAGGAAGCAAAUGGUGGCCCAGCUGAGGGAACGGACGAGUCCGACAGCAAGGCUGAGAUCAGAGAAGAAUGCCCGCCGCCACCGAGGAGGGGGCCUUCGCCGUCGCACCCGAACCCCGACAGCCGGAUGUCCAUCGCCGACGUUCUGCAGGCCAGCAUGGAAGACGAGCUCAUGGCAGCCAGGGAGAGUGGCGUCCUUGCAGGUGGCGCGGGCACUUCAAGACGGUGCCAUGGUGAGAACAGCAAGGAAUGGGGCCGCAGCAGCCGGCGAGCAUCGCAGGACGCCAUGGACUCCGUGCCGACGAAGAGGCUGCCGCCUGCCGGGCGGUCGUGCUUCAGCAGCAAGAGUGGAAGGGGAAGGGAUCCAGAUCUUCCGAUGUGAGCUCUCAGUUCUGAAUUCCAAAUUUCACCUAGGAUACUGGGCAGGGCUUUUGUUUGCUUGCAAGAUGGAAUGUGAGCAGAAAAAGCAGGGACCAACUCGUGGCAAUGUGUUCAUCACUACGUGUGUGAUGCCACAGGCGAACAGUUCGUCCGCAAUGUGCUCGGUGAGGUCUCUUCUGCUGCUAGUUUGUAGGCCUUGGAUCGGUUCUUUCUUGCUCUUCUGUUCUAUGUAUUAUGGAGUCCUAUAUUCCAUUCUUUCAGUGGACAUGUUUUUACUGUGAGUUCA